UUUCCCAUUCAUUUGAGGGGUGCGUGAAGAACUAGUAUUUCCUAGUAUCACGUCGGCACGUGACCCACAUCCCAACGCAUAUCCAAUUCAAAUAGAUGUUAAGAAAAUUCGAUUUGGAUUUUACCUUCCUCCGAUUGUGAAAUGAAAAUUCCUACGUGUGACGAUGUGCUUUCUAUAUUCAUAUGUAUAAUAAGCGAAACAAUUUAGAUAUCGAAACACACACUCGUCAAACAAACUCCAUCUCUCUCGUUUUCCAGAUAUAUCAACAUGUGCUUUGUACGUAGAGAUUUUGUAUUUUCAGUAGCAAUACUUCUGCUAUUGUUUGCCACAACAUGCUUAGGUUCUUUUCUGAAGACUGAAAAUAAGAUAAAAUCAGCUGUUUUUUUGUCCCCCAAAUUUGAACUUGGACCUGGAUCAGUUAUCAAUAGAUAUUAUUAUGGUAUUGAUUUUCCAAAAGGUCAUAUAGCACUCAAGAGUUUCAAUGCUGAAGUAGUUGAUGAAGCUGGGAAUUCUAUACCUCUUCAUGAAACCUAUCUCCAUCAUUGGGUUGUUGCAAGAUAUCAUCAAAGUAAACAUGUCACGCACACAGAAAAUGAUACUCAUAGGAUGCUUCAUAACUCUAAUCAUGUUAUGGUUAGGAACAGUGGCAUAUGCCAGGGGAAUGCCCUUGGACAGUACUUUGGCCUUGGAUCUGAAACACGUGGAACAGAAACCCGUGUUCCGGAUCCUUUUGGUAUAGAGGUAGGUAAUCCAGAAGAGGUUCCAGAAGGAUUUGAAGAGAAAUGGAUGGUUAAUGUUCAUGCCAUCGAUACGCGUGGCACCGAGGAUAAAAUGGGGUGCACGGAGUGUAAGUGUGAGCUUUAUAAUGUUACAGUGGAUAAAUAUGGAAGGACUAUAAGGCCAGAUUAUGUAGGAGGUUUGUUAUGUUGUUCGGAUUAUGCACAGUGCAAGUUGAAGGAAGGAUUUGAGGGACCAAAGAGAAGCCUCUACUUAAGAUACACAGUAAAAUGGGUUGAUUGGGAUGAUUCUGUAGUGCCUGUUAAGAUAUAUAUACUUGAUGUGACUGAUAGUUUGAAACUAUCAAAUAAUUCAAAAGGAAUCAACUCAGAUCAUAAUUGUAAGGUUGAGUAUCGAGUUGAUUCUUGCGGCAUGGAUCAUAAGGAGGGAAAUGGUUGUGUUGAUGUGAUGAAGACAAGUCUUCCGCUACAAACGGGUGGGUAUGUGAUAUAUGGUGUUGCUCAUCAGCAUUCAGGUGGUAUUGGAUCUACCCUAUAUGGACAGGAUGGAAGGGUUAUAUGUUCUUCAAUACCAAAAUAUGGAAAUGGAAACGAAGCAGGAAAUGAAUCGGGUUAUAUUGUAGGAAUGUCGACUUGUUAUCCUAAACCAGGUUCUAUGAAGAUAAUGGAUGGUGAAACAUUAACUCUAGAGUCUAACUACAACAGCACGAAAGAGCACACUGGAGUUAUGGGACUUUUCUACAUAUUAGUGGCAGAACAGCUUCCAUACCAACACUUAAGACAUUCUACUCGUUCUUCAUUUUUUAUGGAUUCAAAUAAUAUGCUUUUAGAUAGUUAGUGAGACACAUAUAUUAUAUAUAUGAUAAUAUAAAGGGGAGUGUCAUGAUGGUAUCAAAAUACUGUAUGAUUGAUAAAAGAGGAAUAAAGACAAUAUUUAAAAGUGUUACCGAAUAAUACAAUAUAGGAGUAACACAAGAUGUGGGCAUAUUCUCAAGUUUACAUCAAUUUUUUGAUGCUGUGUUUUAGUGAUAUUGUAUUUAUUGGUGCUAUCCACUCAUUCAUGUAUCAUAUCGCUAUGGGAUAAGUUUGUUUGACCAUAUAGCUGAUUAAUGUGCAAGGGACUUUCAUUUUAA